UCCCCCCCCCCUUUGUUCGACCCGCUCCUCCUGCCGAUCAACCAACCCUGCUGCUGAUGCCCCGGCCCCUGCCCUGCCCCAAGCCCUUCGUCCUGCCCCGCCCAGCCAGGUGCCCUUGCAGCGCGGAAGUGUCCUUCGGGCCCGCGGGCGGGGAGAGCACCCCUGGCGAGCUGGCCAGCGGCAGCGUCGGCAAGCUGUCCCUGGACCCAGGUGCGGCCGCCAUGUUCGUGCGGGGCGACCCGCGGCUCGCCUACCGCGUCGGCGCUGCUGGAGGAGGCGCGGCAUCGGUCACGGUGGUGCACUGCAAGGUCCUGUACGAUCUAGAGCCGGCGACUGGAACGGGGAGGCGGAGACGAAGCGGAGAGCUUGCAGUCAGUUCGUUGACACGAGGUCCAGCUCGAGAUCGGAGGGGGCUCGAUGGUUCCCCAGAUGUGCAUGGGUUCCGCUGCUCGUUUGGUCGCAGGUUCCUUCGGUGUUCCUUCGAAUUCUGCGGCCGCCCCUUCGGAUUGCAUGGCUCGACCUGGAACUGUCGUGGCCUCGUCUCUUUCCUGCGCGAUUGCCAUGAUGCAGGACCCCUCUUCAUCCGAGCUCCUUUAUUCGAGUCGUCGCUGGAAGUACCUGGUGGCAGCGCUGUGUGAAGCCCCCAGGACUUCUGGAUGUUAGCGGCCGCCAGAUGUUUGGGGCUGGGAGGUUGGGGAGGAGACGCAGGGAUGCUGCCCUGGGGUGGGCGGCCGGAUACGGAACGGGGCGGGCGUGACCUCCCGCGGUGCGAGCACGAGGUGCCAGCACCCUCGGCCGCCCGCGAGCCCCGUGCAGAAGAGCAGCUGCCUGCUGGCUGGGAGCGCGCGCGCGAA